AUUGGGCGGGGGAAUUUUGGAGAUGUUUACAAAGCGUACGAUUUACGGUUGCAAAAAAAUGUAGCCAUCAAGGCAAUCAAUAUUGAGCACAGUGACGACGAAAUCCCUGUGUUAUUACAGGAGAUCAAUUUGCUCAGGUCACUUCGGAACCCAAAUAUCACCAAUUGGUACAAGACUUUUAUCAUCGAUGUCACGAUGUUUAUUGUAAUGGAGUACUGUAGCGAAGGAAGUUGUUCAGAUUUACUUAAAUUCAAUAGAAACAGUCUCGAAGAAAGUGUUCUAUCGUACAUUAUGAAAAACGUUCUUGAAGGUUUAAAGUACUUGCAUAGCUUGAACAUCAUCCAUCGGGAUAUCAAGGCAGCAAACAUCUUGAUCGCCAAGGGUAAUGUAAUCAAAUUGGCUGAUUUUGGAGUCAGCGGCCAACUGAAUGGCAAUACGGGAAGAAAGACUUUUGUUGGCACGCCGUACUGGAUGGCCCCCGAAAUAGUAACCGAUUGUAAGUCGUUGAAAAAAGACCAAUACGACGAGAAAGUAGAUAUCUGGUCUCUCGGCAUCACGUUGAUUGAACUCGGAACGGGAAAAGUCCCAAACAACGACAAGGAACCACUCAAGGCACUAUUUGAGAUCCCGAAAAUGGAGCCUCCCCGAGUUCCAAAGAACUCCAGCUACUACAUGAAGGAAUUUGGGGUGGCCUGCUUGUGCAAGGAUCCCGUGAUGCGUCCGAGCGCCGCAGAGCUCUUGAAGUUCAAGUUCAUC